AGAGCCUAGAGCAUUAGAGAAAACGCGUAGCGUGCACUCGAAUAUUGUGGCAUUUUGACUCUCACUUGCCAUAUGAUGCACGUUCUUGCUAAUAUCUAAGAUCCGAGGCACUUCAAGACGCGUCCUUCUUACUUUUCUUACAACAACGUUGUGUAUGCCACAGUAUACUCUCUGUUCUUCAUUUGUUCCCAUCCCUUGACGUCGCUUGCACUGCCAUCCUCCAUACACUGCUGUCUUCAAUGUUGUCAUCAGCGCCCGCGUACCAACCACAUAUAGGUGGAAUACCCGCCCCUGAACAAUCUGGUCCAGAGAUAAUCUCUUCCAAAUCUAAGGUUGAAAAGCAGCACCCGAGAGGCAAACGGAAGAGAACUGCAGCGAGGGAUAAACACAUUUUAGAAGCUGCAUACCAAGUCAACCCGAAACCUGACAAGGCGUCGCGUUGUGAGCUUGUUGAAAGCGUCUCCCUCAAUGAGAAGGAAGUCCAAAUCUGGUUCCAGAACCGACGACAAAAUGAUAGACGAAAAUCGCGACCACUUUCCCCUCAGGACAUCGCUGAGAUACGCAGCAGGGGUGCCAGAGUUCUACUGUCUCCGGCACAACCCACAAAUGGUUAUCAACUUGGAACAGACACCCGAGAGUCUUCCCUGCGAAAUACAGCUCAUGUGUGGAACCAGCUUGGACCGAAUCAGAACAUAGCGGAAGGAUCUCCCGUCUUGCAAAUUGGCGCCAUCAAUAAACAAAACGAAUGGGAUAGAGAUACCCGAGAUGAUCUCAGAAGCCAAACCAAUACAGAAUCCAGAAAGCCGCCAACACGUGACCAGUCUCAGAGCGAGGUCUUCAGCGAGGCUGAGUUCCCUUCAAAUUCCACCAGACAUGACGCUAACCACUGGGACCCGACAAGUUGCAUUUCUAAGCUUACGGAAUCCAGUCAGGAGGGCUCGUCAUCGAGAUUACAGCAGCGUUCUCCAUCCUCAGGAGCCUCGCGUUCUCCCGAUACUCCCCUUCCGCCACCACGUUCGCAAUACGAGUGCCAAUCCCAGAUUCGACUGUCACUGUCCUUGGAAGGGAAGGCUGAGGUUGUGUCGAAUGAACUCUCGCCAUCGCCAAGGCCGUCUCCAACCUUUCCUUGCGGUGUCAGCCCGCUGUCCUAUCCUCGGCCUCCUUCUUCCCAUCGUAAUCAAGCUACCCUUACAAGUGUCACCCUUCCUCCUAUCUCAGCAUUGACGGACUGUCUUCCCCCAACUUUGUCCCGGGGUAGAUCACGCAAUGCCCAAGCUUGGGAGUUCUGUUGCGACUCGGACAAACAGGAUGAAUUGACUAUUCAGGCCGAGAAUGAAUCGAGCGGUUCCGCCGUUGCAGCGAUCAGUCUACUCCGUUCAACCAGCAUUGGACUCCAGCCCAACAGCACCAAACGUAAUAUUCCUCCAAUUCAGCGUCUCGGACAAGAUCGAAAAGUUAAGAAAGCAUUUUUCGGCCAAACAUCGUCAGACGGCCUUGUGCCGUUCAUGGGUUCCAGAGAUCGUCGCCGACUGUCACCAUCCGCGGCAUCGCAAGGGUCGAAGCCUUCCUUUGUUCAUGAGUCUACAGACGACUCGGAUAAAGAGAACAGGGGCCCAGGAGAGGAUAGGAAUCCGCCUCUCCGCCAGACACCAUUUCCAAGCCAAGAAAACAUGCCGGAGAACCGAGAAUUUACGCCGUCUCUUUCAGGGAAUGUAAAACUUCCGAGAGGCGUCGUCCAAUACAGGUCAGGUCAGCUGUUCAGGCGUCGAUGUACCCCGGCACCGUCCUUACAACAAGGAUUUGGCAACCAAGGGAAAAUGUCCCAAGACCCGCAGAAGGCGACUCAAAGUGUUUUACGGGAUGAAGAUGUUAAGAGCUUCAUGGGCGAGGAAAUGAGCCCUAGCAAGAGAGGGGAUAUAGAUUGUAUUGCAGGCCUCUUAUCACUGAGCCGAGGCAAUUGGAGAUAAUGCUGGGACUGGUUUGUCGAAGGUGCUCAUGAUAUAUUAUUUGCUUGGAUGAAGUUUGUUCGACGUGAUGAGAAGAUGGUCCUGCAUUUACAACAAAAGGCUCUGGAGGUGUUAGAUGCCUAGAGCCAGCCACCUUAUCGAGGUGUGGCCAACCACAUUAUGUCAGACUUCUAGAGUACCUUGAUCCUAUAUAUCCACACUUAUUUUGUCGCAUGGGCACAGACCAUGCCUGACUAAGGCCCCGUUCCCGAAAGCUCACGACCUGGGAAAUCCUCCUAUCAUGGCGGAAAAAUGCAUAACUUAUAACCCACUGUCAG